GGUCACUUAUCUUGGGAUGGAGAGAGUAGUAGUAAAUGAUUCUUUUCUUGCUAAGAGUUUCAUUCUUUCCAUAUAAAUAGACCAAUUAUUAACGAGUUAAUACAUCCACUCGUGUAGCAAAAUGAGUAUUCAACAUCAAAGUCGUGCCAAAAAAUAUUACAAAUUUCCCAGCAAGCACAAGGAAGAAAACAAUCUCGAUCCCGACGAGGGGAAUUCGAGGCAAUGCAGCGCCUGCAGUCUACCGAUCUUCUCGACUCCGUUCAAAGAAACAGAGUCGGGAAGCGAUUAUGUGCACGACCAGUGCAGUAUUCCGCCCAUUGAUUUAGAUGGCAGCGAUUUGCACCCUUCCUUGGAACCCCUCCGGAAGCAGCCUAAUCUCGACGAAAGCAAAUGCUCCAAAUGCGUCGCCGUUUGUGGGGAUGUGAUGUACCGUUGUCGCGGCGCAGAGUGUGGUUUCCAGCUUGACGUGACGUGCGCUGGGCCGGUCAAGAUCCUGCACCGGAGCCACGACCACAGGCUGACGGUCAACCGCUGCUCCAGAGGCUUUUCCUGCAGUGCAUGUGAGACCGAGCAUCGGCCAGGUCUGUUGUGGGCCCAGCCGACGAUGCCUUUAGUUUACGCAUGCAGUGCAUGUGAUUUCUGGCUGCAUCAGCACUGCGCUGCGUUGCCAAAUGCAAUCCAGCAUGAGCUCCACCGCCACCCACUUCUUCUCCGUUACGGGGACAUAUAUUCGAGUGGUGAGUGUGCAAUUUGUCGAGGCUGGGUCUCGAGUUGGGGGUUUUAUUCGUGCACUGUGUGUUAUUACCGUGUCCAUAUCAUGUGCGCUGUCUCAGAUGACCCGAGUUUCGAAUCAGUUCUACUUCGAGAAGCUCUGCAAGAAAAUCGAGUACCAGAGUUAGUUCAUCUUCCGGUUCGUGACGAAUACAUAAGUAUUAUUCGACACAUAGCAAAAUGCACCUCCUCCCUAAGUGAUUACGUAGUGCAGCACCAACAUCCACUAACAUUGCACCACGACUAUCCCGUCUACAAAGAUGACGAGGAGAUUGAUGACGACGACGACGUUCACCGGCUCCCUAAGUGCAAUGUGUGCGUACAAUUCAUCUCACCUCCAUUCUACACCUGCUCCCUAUGUCCGAAACUCUUUCUCCAUGAUUGUUGCGCGCGACUCCCGCGUGAGGGGGCACAUUACCUAGAAAGGGGGCGACACUAUCCCACGAGUGUGCUCAUCGACCUAAAUAGCCGGGACAAUUCUUGCCAUGGCAUCUCACAAACCUCAUGCUGCAAUCGCCUCACCAACGGAUUCACCUACUCUUUCCCCACGUACAACAGAGACGUCUUAUGCCGGACUCAAUCACGCACGCUGCCCACGCCAAGACGCACUCCUUGUUCGUAGGCCCAUUAGAAUAUGUGGGAGUGUGCCGCUGCUGCAACAGAUUCCUCAGCGACAAAUCCUACUACUGCACGACAUGCCGCAAUUUCGGCCUACACGCCAGCUGUGCACGUCUUCCGGCCACCGUCCGGCACGUGUACGACCCACAUCCCCUGGAGCUCAUCACGGCCCCACCUCCUCACGUGCAGCCGCAGAUCUGCGAUGCUUGUGAGGAGGGCCUUGACAGCACGCAGUGGUACUACGGUUGCGCAGAUUGCGAGCAGGCGUUCCACGUGGACUGCGUGCCCUGCUUAGAUCACCUAUCUUUGAUCAAGUACGAGUUUAUGGAGGUGCGUGUGGCGAGUCAUGAAUGCCCACUCACCCUCGUCCGCGGACACAUGGUCCGCGGCCGACGGUGUGGGCAUUGUGGGGAAGGCUACCGUAAUAAUAUGGUGGCGUUCGAGUGCUUCAAAUGUUAUUUUAGCAUUCAUCUUUGUUGUUAUGAGGAUUCCUUCCAACUAUUUCAUAACGUGUCUGAGAGCACGAGGCUAUCCUUGGAAAUGAUGAAGAAUAAUAAAUAGUUGUAGCCAAUAAAAUUGUAUCCAUGUGUAAAUAUGCAGAGGUGUUAGUUCAGUUCGUAAGGUUAUA